AUGAAUUUUCCAGUUAAGCAAUCGACAGCUGGUCAAGAGGAAUCCGCCCUCGUCUUCUGGUGGAAUCGACUUUGGUGGAAUCUCUUCAUCAAACACUUUCACUCUAAAUGCUCUCAAAUUGACGCGCUUGGUGAGUUAACUCGGCAAUUGAAGAAUCGCUUCUCCACUGAGUCUAAGACUCCACAUCAAAUCCUCGCCUCUAGUUUGGCCUUUUCUCAAAUGGAUCCAUACAAGUCCCCGGCUGUUUCGUCACAAAGAGUCUCCGACUUUCGCCGACUCGAACUUACGUCUCCUGCACCUGCCAGGUUUGGACAGGACCUUGAGUCACAAAGAAUCGGGCUUAAUUCUUAUGAAGUGGGCGGAGCUGCCACUCAGGCUGCGGCAUCUAUGGACGGAUAUAAUCAGGCCCUUCUUAAUCUUAAAGUCUCAGGUACGCCAUGUUGUACCAACUUUGCUUUAUCAUAA